UGGCUGGAAACGGCUUCAGCGGGCUCCUCGGUGGUGGCUCUGCGGCGGCAGAGAGGGCUGCGCCUGUGCCAGGAGAGUGGGGACAGGGACGGAGCAGGCUGCAGAGGAUGCUUGGAAAGUACCCAGGGAGCAGCAGGCAGAGCUGGCUGGGCUCCCCACGUCUCCAGAUGAAGGGAGGAUGAGCAGUCCCCAGGGACACCCAGACGGGGUUUUGGCUGGGCACGAGCAGAGCGUGGAGUGCGUCGGCGAGGUGCCAGGCAGGGACAGGCAGGAGCUGGCUGUGUGCACUGGGGACAGUGAUGGGACCGAGGAAGAUGCAGAAGCCCCGGAGGAUCCGCUGCUGACUUUCCCCAGUGAGCUCUCAGUGCUGGAGAGACUGGGCUUGCACGGGGUGGCUCUGACAGAGCAGGAUGUGGAGGCAGCCUUUGCCCACCUCGCCCUGGCUUUUCGCUGCGACGUGUUCACCCUGCGGCAACGGGUGGAAGUGGAGAAACGGGCACGGGACGCGGCGGAGGAAAACAUCCAGGAGGAGCUGGGGCAGUGCCGGGCUGCCCUGGAGAGGCUGGGCCCAUCCUGUGCUGACGUGGGCUACAAGGAGAUGCUGGAGCAGCUGCAGCGCAGCCUGGCUGUGCUGGCAGCGGCCAUCGAGCGGGCAACCAGCGCCGCGGAGAAGCUGGGGGCUGUCCAUCAGGAGGCGCGGAUGAGCCGAGCGGCACAGGUGAUGGUCCAGCACGUGGAGAACCUGAAGCGGCACCACAUGAGGGAACACGCGGAGCUGGAGGAGAUGAAACGCCUGAUCCAGCAGAACUCCCGCAACCGGCAGCUGGCGGAGACCCAGGAUGAUGCGGAGCCACGGCUGAGGCCUCACCCCCUGAUGCGAACUUUCCAGCAGGGGUCUGCCCGCCGCAGAGUCAGCAUCGCCGUCAUCCCCAAGCAGCUCUUGCCAGGUGCCAGCCCUGACAGCCGAGCAGCCCCCGCCAGCGAGCCGGAGAGGGAAGGGUCCCAGCGCCGGCCCAGCACCCAGAGGAGCGAGCUGGAGCCUCAGGGCCAGGGCAGCGCCGUGACCAGGGAUCCAGUGGCCGAGGCAGAUGGCAGAGGCUCAAUUGCAGGGGAUGAGGAGCCGGAGCAGCUUGGGCUGACGUCCAAGGGGUCCCCGGCGGAGCUGUGGCGGCCGUGGCUCUUCCUCCCGCAGCACUACUGGGUUUUGUUAUGGCUGCUUCUCCUGAGCAUCGCCUUCCUCCUCCUCAUCCGUGUCCUGGAGCUGCGGCGGCUGCAGCCUGCGGCAUCGCCCAAGGCCUAGCCCGAGUGGGGAGGGGGAGGCGGCCCCAUCGCUGCUCCUUCCCUGCACCAAAAACCACCAAAA